ACGCAUGCGCAGUGUAGAGACUUCCGGAGCACGAGAUAUAUGCUGAUAUAGUAACGACUUACUGAGAGUAACGACUUGUUGUGGGUUUAAGUGUCGGAAUUCCCAAGGAGAACGUUUCAUAAUAAGGACUACUGAAAAGUAUAUUAGCUUUCGAUAUCACCUUCUGUAGAGUUUGCUGACAAGUUGUUUAAUAUCUGAUGCAAUAUGGCAACCAAACAUCGUCCACUCUUACGGAUAAUCACAGAGACGAGGCGCCAUGUGAAGGAUUUACCUUUAGGAUUUGUACGAUAUGCUUCCAGCACAUGUUCAGUGAAUCAACCAGCAGAAAACACGCCUGUGUUUAGGGCCCCGGUGUCGGAAGGAGGACGAGGAGGCGGUGGAUCAUCAUCUCGGACGUGUCUCCUUAGAGCCGCGGCGUUAGGACUGGGGCUGAGUGCGUUAUACGGUGUAAACAACGAGCGGGAUAAACACGUCUCCAUGAAGACACGACCUGUCACUAACACCGUGCUGCACUGCGUCGCACCUACAGCCUACUGUGCUUCCGCAUACAAAGGCGACAGUCCGCGGUAUAAGUACAACUUUAUCGCGGAUGUAGUGGAGAAAUCGGCGCCUGCUGUAGUUUACAUUGACAUAUUAGGACGGCAUCCAUUCUCUGGCCGUGAGAUCCCUAUUUCUAAUGGUUCUGGCUUCAUCAUCAGUGCUGAUGGUCUCAUAGUGACCAAUGCCCAUGUUGUAGCCAACAAGCGUGGGGUUCGUGUCAAACUGGCCAACGGAGACAUGUACAAUGCCACUGUACAAGAUGUGGAUCAGGCCGCAGACAUUGCAACAAUUAAAAUCAAUGCUAAGCAUCCCUUGCCCACACUGCGUCUUGGGAAGUCAUUAGAUGUUCGUCAGGGGGAGUUUGUGGUUGCCAUGGGGAGCCCCUUUGCUCUGAGGAACACCAUCACAUCUGGAAUAGUUAGUUCGGCUCAAAGAGGCAGCAAAGAACUGGGCCUGUCUAAUGGCAACAUGGACUACAUACAGACCGAUGCUGCCAUAGAUUUUGGGAAUUCAGGUGGUCCACUUAUUAAUUUGGAUGGUGAGGUCAUUGGUAUUAACACCAUGAAGGUGACUGCUGGGAUUUCUUUUGCCAUUCCCUCUGACAGACUUCGUCUUUUCCUUGAGAAUGCUGCUGAUAAAAAGAGUUCUUGGUUCAGUGGCUCUGAAAAUAAACGCCGCUACAUAGGAGUGAUGAUGUUAACACUAACACCCAGUAUAAUCACUGAGUUGAAGAUGCGUGAUCCCUUGUUCCCAGAUGUAACACAUGGAAUCCUCAUCCAUCGUGUUAUCACUGGCUCUCCGGCCAACAGAGCGGGUAUGAAACCAGGUGAUAUUGUGGUGGAAGUCAAUGGGAAAAAGGUGAGCACCUCAGAAGAAAUCUACAAUGCAGUACGGACAAGUGACAGCAUCAACAUGGUGGUGCGCAGAGGUCAAGACCUCCUGAUGCUGCACAUUUCCCCUGAGUUCACAGAAUAACAUAUACCAGACACAGUAUUUUGCCUUAUGGAAAAAUUACAGAUUAAAAAAAAAGAUUUAAAAAAAAAAAGGUUUGUUAAAUAUUCUGAAGAGAUGUUUGAUAAUUAGACUCGAGUGUGUUACAAUUUUAUUACAUUUAUUUUUAUUUAAUUUCAUCUCACAUGUCCGAUUCACGUUCUCGGCAUUUAUUUUUUUUUCAGUUAAUGUGGCUUGUUGAAACAAUGAUGUGAUGGGGCAGAUGUGCACAUACAUGUUGCAGAUAAUACAUUGGAAAAAAAUGUGAUAUUCAAAAGUUUAUUAAAAGUGAAAUAUUAAAGUGACUGAAACGAUGUCAAUAACAGAUUAGAGCCUUAAACCUCGAAAUAAAAUUGUGGUGUGCGUUUUAAUGUUUUACACUUGUAUGAAAAACCUCGUCAACACAUCAGUCCACAUGUUUUUGCAUUAAAUAUUGUCUGUUCUCAAAAAUAAAAGGAACCAAAUCUCUGCAGAAAAUUCAA